AUGAGCUUCAAUCUUACCUCGGAUGGCUCUCCCACGCCGCGGAAGGCCGUCUCUCGGUUCCCCGUGCCCAACGAUCUGAGGCUUGAUACUUCCCCAGAGGUACUUGGCUUUGGGCCGGUAGGCACUCGCACUCGUCAACACCCCUCACAGUACGUGUGGCCUGGCGGUGCCAUGUUGACGUCCAAUAUGCAGGGUGCGAAGCGUCCGCUGGGUUCAUCGACCCUGAGCAAUCAGAUGAUGCCACCGCAGCCGAACAUCGAUGCUUAUAAGAUCAAAAUCGAGCAAGGCAAUCAUGGAGAUAGCUCCGUUGUCGAUUCUUUGCUCCAACGCCUCAAUGAGCAGCGGUCUUCUCCCAACGACCUGUACGGUUCUUCCAACGGCUCUUUCCCGUUGACUCCGGCCACGGAUGAGUACAUCAACGGAACCCCCAAUACCGAGCAUGACUCUGUCAUGGUCGAGUCUGCUGAGCUACGCAAGCUCAAGACUGAGCUGCAAGAGGCGCGCAGCGAAGUGGCUCGCAUGAACCAGGAGCUCCACAGUACCCACGUCGCCAAGUCCACCGUCGAGCAUCUUGGACAGUCAUCAGAAGCAGACUACACUUACAAUGAUGAGGUGACUGAACAAACCCUCAAGCAGCUGCAGAACAAAUUCAAUGCAGCAAACCGUACCAACUAUGCUUGGGGCAACGAGACCCGUCCUUUUUACAACGCCGCUGCUCAGCCUCAGCAAGGCUUUCCGAACAUGCAGGCUCCUGCCCGUCCUCCCAUGCUUCAGCAGACCUACCGUGGUCGAAACAACUAUUUGAAUGAGCCUACCCAUUUCCCGCUUGAUCAAGGCUUCCGCGGUGGCAGCAACCCGCCGACCCGCCCUACAUCCGCUUUCGAUCCUCCGAUGUACAAUCAGUACGUGGGUCCGCAAAUGUACACACCCUAUCAGCCCAGUCUCAUUGAGACUGUCGGGCCCGUCGGACCUAUGGGCACUAGGCUCUCGCCUGAGGCGUCCGAGUUCAGCGUUAGAGACGCCAUGGGCCCAUCGCCUUGGAACUCCCAGCCGCCUUCUGAUGCUGGCAAUGGAUCUCAGUACGUCGCACCCGUUGAGCCGAUGAACUAUCGCCGUCUGUUAGACCGCAACAUGAGCUGCAACUGGAAGUACAUCGUCGACAAGAUCAUCUGCAACAACGACCAGCAGGCCUCCAUCUUCUUGCAGCAGAAACUCAAGGUCGGCACACCUGAGCAGAAGUACGAGAUCGUGGAGUCGAUCAUCGCUCAGGCGUAUCCUCUUAUGGUCAACCGCUUCGGCAACUUCCUCGUGCAGCGUUGCUUCGAGCAUGGAACCCCGGAGCAGGUCAUCGCCAUCGCCGGCGCCAUUCGAGGAAACACGCUCACUCUAAGCAUGGACCCGUUCGGUUGCCACGUCGUGCAGAAGGCGUUCGACUGCGUUCCUGAGGAGUAUAAAGCUACUAUGGUCCACGAGCUUCUUCGACGCAUUCCGGAGACCGUCAUCCACCGAUACGCUUGUCACGUGUGGCAGAAGCUCUUCGAGCUCCGCUGGAGCGACUCUCCGCCUCAGAUUAUGCGAUAUGUCAACGAGGCCCUUCGCGGCAUGUGGCAUGAAGUCGCUCUGGGCGAGACUGGCAGCCUGGUCGUUCAGAACAUCUUCGAGAACUGUCUUGAGGAAGACAAGCGUCCCUGUAUCAACGAGGUGCUGGCCAGCAUCGAUGUGAUCUCCCAUGGCCAAUUCGGCAAUUGGUGCAUCCAGCACAUCUGCGAGCAUGGAGCUCCCGCCGACCGCAGCCGAGCCAUCGAUCAUAUCCUUCGAUUUGCAACAGACUACAGCGUUGACCAGUAUGCAUCCAAGGUCAUCGAGAAGUGCCUCAAGAUUGGUGGCAAUGACUUCCUCGAUCGGUACCUCGAGAGGGUCUGCGAAGGCCGUCAGGAUCGCCCCCGCAUGCCGUUGAUUGAUAUCGCUGGUGAUCAGUUCGGCAACUACCUGAUUCAGUACAUCCUCACCAACAGCGGUGCUCACCACCGUGAGGUGGUCGCUUCCCACAUUCGCAAACAUAUGGUCUCCCUCCGCGGUUCGAAGUACGGCUCUCGUGUCGCUAUGCUCUGCUGCAACCCGGCUCUUGCGACCCGCCCUGGCCCGCCGGGUGGUCUCAUGUCGCGCAAUUACUCCGGCGUUAGUCGAAGCGGAGGCGGCAGUGCCUAUGGUGGCUUCCGCUGA